CUUCUCACCUUUGACUCGAGGCUGAGAGCCACUGUGAUCAUUGCGGAGACUUUCGUCUACAGGGAAAACGAAAGAAGAAAAUUCUAUAGGAAAACGACGGCCAAGAACUCUCUCUUCGAGAUUUCAGCCGCAAGUGGAACAUAAUUCUACUUUUCGCUUCUUGGGGUUUUUUUUUCCCUCUCCGAUCUCGGGUUUGUCUAUGGAACAGAUUCUGGCAUUCAAUAGAAACCAUACUUCACUUUCGUCGCCUUAGAUAGUAACCAGCAGAAGAUGGCUCUGGCUCUGGCUCUGGCUGUGUUGGUGUUUGCCUGUUUAUGGUCAUUUGUGUUGCCUGAAGCGCAAGGACAAGCGCUAAUUGCGUUGAAGAUCUCGUUACGUGCAAAGUCUAAUCAGCUGGAGGACUGGAACCGGUAUCUAAUCAGUCCUUGCACCUGGUCCCAAGUUAUUUGUGAUGAAAAUAGCUUUGUUACUUCUGUGACAUUGUCAUACAUGAACUUUUCAGGGACCUUGUCUCCAGCAAUAGGAAUCCUAACUCACCUCAAGACCCUUACGUUGAAAGGAAAUGACAUUACUGGUGGGAUACCAAACGAGUUUGGAAAUUUGUCCAGAUUGAGCUCCUUGGAGUUGGAUGACAAUCGGUUAACCGGUCCAAUACCAUCCAUUCUUGGUAAUCUCAAGAAUCUUCAGUUCUUGACCUUGAGUGGUAACAGCCUAAAUGGGAGUGUCCCUGAAUCUCUCACAAAGCUCCCGAAACUGAUUUGUCUUCUGCUGGAUUCAAACAAUCUCACUGGUCAGAUUCCUGAGAGAUUAUUUGGAAUCCCAAAAUACAAUUUCUCAGGAAACAACUUGAAUUGUGGUGAUACUUAUCGUCGCCCAUGUGUGUCUGAUGGUAAUGGUUCAGGUGGUUCAAACAAGCCAAAACUCGAGAUUAUUGUUGCAGUUGUUAGUGCUGUUGUGGUUCUUCUCCUUGGAUUCUCGUUGUAUUUCUUCUGCAAAUAUAGGCAUCAGAGAUACAAGUAUGAUGUGUUUGUCGAUGUUGCAGGUGAAGAUGGAAGAAUAUCUUUCGGCCAGUUGAAAAGAUUCGCGUGGAGGGAGCUUCAAUUGGCUACAGAUAACUUCAGCGAAAAGAACAUUCUUGGAAAAGGAGGCUUUGGAAAGGUUUACAAAGGGGUGCUUUUAGAUAACGCGAAAGUUGCUGUGAAAAGGUCGACUGAUUUCCGAAGUCCGAGUGGAGAUGCUGCUUUCCAACGAGAGGUUGAGAUGAUAAGUGUAGCUGUCCAUAGGAAUCUACUGCGGCUUAUUGGCUUUUGCACUACUCCCACCGAACGCCUUUUGGUUUAUCCUUUCAUGCAGAAUCUUAGUGUUGCCUCCCGUCUCAGAGAGAUUAAACCUGGAGAUUCUAUUCUGGAUUGGCCAACGAGGAGACGGAUAGCGUUAGGGGCAGCACGGGGGCUUGAAUAUCUUCACGAGCACUGCAACCCGAAGAUCAUACAUCGCGAUGUGAAGGCAGCAAAUGUGUUACUUGAUGAAGAUUUCGAAGCAGUUGUUGGUGACUUUGGUUUAGCCAAAUUGGUGGACGUUUCAAGUACUAAUGUGACCACUCAGGUUCGUGGAACAAUGGGUCACAUUGCACCUGAAUAUCUAUCCACCGGGAAAUCCUCGGAUAAAACGGAUGUUUUCGGGUACGGGAUUUUCCUUCUGGAGCUUGUAACAGGACAACGGGCUAUCGAUUUUUCACGGUUGGAGGAAGAAGAUGAUGUCAUCCUGCUCGAUCACGUGAAGAAACUGGAACGAGAGAAGAGGCUUGGGGACAUUGUAGACGACAACCUGGGCCGGAGCUACAGCGAUGAAGAAGUGGGGAUGGUGAUCCGAGUUGCUCUGCUUUGCACACAAGCUUCGCCAGAAGACCGACCAGUCAUGUCGGAAGUUGUACGGAUGUUAGAAGGAGAAGGGCUUGCUGAGAGAUGGGAAGAAUGGCAGAACGUGGAAGUGACCCGACAACAAGAAUCCGAAGGUUUGCAGAUGCGACUCGAUUUGGCCGAAGAUUCUCUCUAUAACCAAGACGCCAUUGAAUUAUCCGGCGGAAGAUAACAUUAUAAAGUCGGCAUCUUUCAAGUUGCUUUAGUUUCAGAACGAGAUCUUCUUGCAAGUUUAUGAUGAUGUGUUUCAUGGGUUUCUGGUGUUUUUGAUGGGCCAUGAAAUGAACAAUCAAAAUGUAUCCUUUUUAGCUUCAUUUCUGGGAAAUUCAAGGUCGA